AUGACGAUGACGGCGGUACAAGUUCAGCAGCACGGAGGGGCACACCGCCAACAAUAUAACCCCCGACAAUCCUCUCACUCUUCAAAUGUUUCGCCGCACCAAUCUCGCCCGCAAAGCUACAUCUCUCCAGCGCCUUCACAGCUACAGCGACAAGAACCCCCGAUACAGAACGGCACCUCAAGCCCGAUGAACCCAAGACCCGCCGUGAGCAACGACCCGGUCCAGGUAGUCAAUGGGCAGCGAUCUUCGACAUCGGAUGGCGACCCCAGAAGGUCUUCAGCUGCAAGUGGGAGAGCUCCUCCGCCCGCUGGCUACUUGACAGCAGAUAGUAGGACAUCCUCACAGGGGCGACCCACUUCCGCGCCUGGUGUUACUGCAGAUUCCUCCCAAGACGAUUCAGAGGUAGACAGAAUAAAAAGGAGACCGAAACCUUUACUUCAGCGAUCUAAAAGCGACUUUGGACCUCGGGGAGAAGAUGUCGAUUCGCCGGCGGAGGAGGAUUGGCAAGGUUGGGGAGCACGACAUGGUUUCGAGGAUCACUACGCGUCAGAAGAAUAUGUUUCGCAGUUGGCAAAUUGUACGUUUCCGGAUCUUGCUGCUCCGAAGGUCAAUACGGCAUCAUUACAAGUACGGAGCACCUUUUGGGUAUACAGCAUCUAUAUUGGAUGUGCACAUCUAGUCUCCAAGAUGGCAGACUAUGUGGACAUAUACAAUCUUCAAAACUUCGAGUUCAGGUCCAAGGAAGGCUUAGAAGAUCCCAUACCAAUCAACCAGCUAGGCAGCAGAAUUGAUAGAAUCCGCCGUAAUUAUCACGAGCGAAGUCACGCACAGCAUCUCGCAAUUGAGCGCCUGAAAGCUCUCUCUCAAUGGCCGAUGCCUGACUUUGGACAACUUGCUAACGGCCCCGAACAGAAUUGGUACAUGUACUUUACGGACAAACGGCAUGAGACAACCGGCAAUCCAAAAUCUGUAGGUUACGAACUUCAAGACUGGAGAAUGAAAGAUCGUCUGAAGACUGUCUCUGCGGCACUGGCGGUAUGCCUAAAUAUUGGUGUUGAGCCUCCGGAUCAACUGAAGACUUUACCGGGAGCAAAGUUGGAAGCAUGGCAAGAUCCUACCCACCCGCCAGUCCAGAAGGCUCUCGACACUAUUGGCAAAGCUCUGCAGUCACAGUACGAGACCUUGGCGAUACGAACAAGGUACAAACAAUACUUAGAUCCUUCGAUAGAGGAGACUAAAAAGUUCUGUGUUUCUUUACGACGAAAUGCGAAGGACGAGAGAGUACUUUUCCAUUACAAUGGCCAUGGUGUACCCAAACCAACGGGAUCUGGCGAAAUCUGGGUCUUCAAUAAGAACUACACGCAGUACAUUCCUGUUUCCCUCUACGAUCUCCAAACUUGGCUGGCAGCACCGACAUUUUUUGUUUGGGAUUGUUCCGAUGCAGGAAACAUUCUCAGCAAUUUCCAUCGAUUUGUCGAGAAACACGAGCAAGAAGAGAAUGAUGCCCUAGCUAAGGAUCCCGACUACCCUGCUGUAAGCUUCAGGCCGUAUAUUCAUUUAGCAGCCUGUGGGGUGAAAGAAAAUCUUCCCACGAAUCCUCUUCUCCCAGCAGAUGUUUUUACAUCAUGUCUCACUACACCGAUCGAAAUGGCCCUUUGGUUCUUCGUCUUACAAAAUCCACUGCCAUCACAGAUUACGCCUGAACGAGCGAAGAAGCUUCCUGGAAGAUUGCAAGAACGAAGAACACCAUUGGGAGAAUUGAAUUGGAUUUUCACUGCUAUUACCGACACAAUAGCCUGGACUACGUUACCUCGACCGCUCUUCAGGAAGUUCUUUAGGCAAGACCUUAUGGUUGCAGCGUUGUUUCGAAACUUUCUCCUCGCACAGCGCAUCAUGGGUGUUUACAACUGCCAUCCCCAGUCAUAUCCAGCACUCCCAGAUACACAUCAGCACCCUCUGUGGGAAAGCUGGGAUCUCGCGGUUGAAAUGGCUCUCGCGCAAUUGCCUAUGCUUGAGGAGAAAGAGCAAGGGCUUCGGCCUGAUUACGAGUUUCAAAACUCUAGCUUCUUUACAGAGCAGCUCACGGCAUUUGAGGUCUACCUCACACAGGGCGCUGUAGAACACAAAGCUCCUGAUCAACUUCCAGUCGUUCUGCAAGUACUCCUGAGCCAACAACACCGAGUACGAGCCCUUAUUCUGUUGGGCAAGUUCCUCGAUCUAGGUCCCUGGGCUGUCAAUCUCGCUCUGAGCAUUGGAAUUUUCCCAUAUGUGUUGAAACUGCUGCAAUCAGCUGCCACAGAGUUGAAACCAGUCAUGGUAUUCAUCUGGACCCGUGUUCUCGCUGUUGACCUCACCUGCCAGACCGAUCUACUGAAGGACUCAGGAUACAACUAUUUUGCGAACAUCCUGAAACCAAAUGAAGGACUUCCAGUCGUUGACAGCCUUGAGCACAAAGCUAUGUGCGCUUUCAUCCUUGCCAUGCUCUGCAAUGGCUACAAGCAAGGCCAAAACGUUUGCAAUCAAUCAGAAAUCUUGACAUACUGCUUACUGCAUCUUCAAAAUGCUGACAACCCUUUGUUGCGUCAAUGGGCAUGCUUAUGUAUCAGCCAACUGUGGAAUGAUUUGCCAGAAGCGAAGUGGCGCGGUAUUAGGGAGAACGCACCUACAAAGUUGUGCACUUUAGUCCGAGAUGUAUGUUGCGAGGUUCGGGCUGCAAUGCUCUAUGCGAUGACUACUUUCUUGGGGAUUCCCGACCUGACCGAUGAGGUGGCAAGAAUUGAAGAAUCCAUCUCAUGGACCGUCAUGGAAAUGGCUAAUGAUGGUAACGCCAUGGUUCGCAAAGAGCUUUUAGUUUAUUUCUCGAAAUUCAUUCAACGAUACGAGAACAAAUUCAUAGUGGCUGCUUACGAGCAGCUUCAAGAAGAACGAGAAUAUCGGCAAUAUCCUCCCCAGGACGACGGAAACGAUCACAAGAUGGGUCUACAUUACGCUCGGCAGGAAAACCGAAAUGCGGAUGGCACAAUCAAAGCCACAUCCCACGGAGUAUCACACAACUCCAUCUUUGCUGCCGUUUGGAAACAUGUGCUAAUAAUGGCGGUCGACCCGCAUCCUGAGGUCCAACGUAAUGCUACCAUCGUUGUCGACUAUAUUCACUGCGCGGUGUUACACUCUCCAGUGGGCGGUCCUGCUCAGAAGUUGAUUGAUGAUCUCAACCGCCGCAGCGCAAAGACAGCUGUAUCGAACAUGCAACCUCCAGACACACGGCCAAAUACACCUUUGCGCCAAGACUCGACACCAACAGGAAAUCACCAAGCAGGACUUCUCAAACGGACUGCUAGCUUCCUAUUCACCUCUCUCCCAUUUGGUGCGCCUAGUGCUGAGAAUUCGCCUGUUGAUGUUGCUGGCCGAAACCUGCCAAAAUCCCCUACCGCCCACAAAACCCCCCUUCCAUUAAGAUCUCGAGCCCCUACUGCAGAUUUCACUCCCCCACCUGAACAGAACGACACGGCAUCUACUCCUGGAACUUACCACGCGGCUAAAGAGCCGAUGUCAGGGCGUUUUCAGGCAAGGAAAAUGUCAACUCCUCCUUCGUUACCUCUAGAAAGCAGUUUCUUAGAGUGGUCAAUCGAGUAUUUCCGUGAACCUCAAAUGAAGCCGAACGAGGCAGAAGAGCCUGGUAGCACUGAUUACAACGAACGACUAUGGCGCAGAUCUCGAAAUGAAGCUAUAUUGCGAGAGACUCAACCUCAAAAAGAAAUUGCAGGCACCGGCAAAUGGACCAAUCCUGCCGGAUUUUUCAACAACCAAAGCCAGCCUUCAAAGAUGACAUUGCACCAGUUUGAGGACCACCUUGCCGUUUCCGAUGAUCGGGACACCGUCUGUAUAUGGGAUUGGAAGAAGCAGGACCGAUUAUGUCGAUUUUCGAAUGGUAACCCUGAAGGGUCCAAAAUCAGUGACCUACAGUUUAUCAACGAAGACGAUCAGGCUUUUUUACUCACCGGAUCCUCGGACGGUGUUAUCAGAAUCUAUAGGAACUAUGAUUCCAAUAAGAAGAUUGAAGUUGCCUCUGCCUGGCGAGCAUUGACCCAUCUUGUUCCCAGCAGUGUCAACUCUGGAAUGGUAUUCGACUGGCAACAGGUAUCCGGCAAGCUCCUUGUAGCGGGGGACGUAAAAGUCAUCAGAGUCUGGGCUGCUGCCCCAGAACUCUGUAUCGUUGACAUCAAUGCGCGAUCUGGCUCAUGCGUCACAUCCCUUACGUCUGACCAAAUGACGGGCAACGUCUUCGUGGCUGGCUACGGCGAUGGCGCUAUCCGAGUUUUCGAUGCUCGCAAUAAACCACAAGAAGCAAUGGUCAAGAAAUGGAAAGACGAAACGGACCGCGUUUGGAUCAAGAGCGUACAUAUGCAACGAGGUGGCCAGCGGGAGCUCUUAUCCGCGAGCAGGAAUGGGAAAGUGAAGUUGUGGGAUAUCCGAAUGGAUAAGCCUCUACGCACUAUCAAAGCAACGAAUCAGACUCUGAUGACGGCAAGUACGCACGAACAUCUUCCAGUAUUUGCAGUUGGUACGGGCGCCCACACUGUCAAAGUCUUCAACUUUGAAGGCAAAGAACUCUCGCGCGUAGAACCCUACUCCAGCUUCCUGAACCAGGCACGCCAAGCACCCUCCCCAAUCGCCGCCACCGCCUUCCAUCCCCACCGGAUGAUGCUCGCGUGUGCCGCGAGGGGCAAUAACUACAUUAAUCUUUUUACGUGUGCAGAGAAGAAGGGGGCCGUCCUUGAGAUGUAA